CAAAAACCAUUGCUUGACGAAUCCCUUAGCGAGUAUUGAGGCUCUGAUAUAGGUAAGCCUCCACCAACAGUGCGUUUAUAUUUCAUCUUCUUCGGCUUCGUUUUAAGCAGGAGAUUGUACUUUCUCACUUACCAAUAUCGCUUUCGCGUUUUCACCCGUGGUAGUGUUUGUGAAGCUCCUUCUGGCGGGAACAAUUGUAUCGUAUAUACCAUAUUCGCAUAAAAAAUAAGUGCUCAUCGAGGAAACAAUAGUUCCUCUUUAUAUUUCUAUUGAUACAACCAAAAAAAGUUUCAAUCGUACAUUGCUUUUGUUCCAUUCCCCUUUGCAUCGACGGGCUUUUACGACUGUUUCCCGUAUUACUUACUCUUUGCUUCAAGUUGGUGAAAACUCACUCUUUUUUUUCGCCGAUUUUUGCUCCCUUUUGGCUAUCAAAAAAAGUACAUUUGCUCGUUCCCGAUCGCACAAAAUGUCACCUCUUGCGAAAUUGUUCAUCGCUUUUUACACCUUCGCAGGCAUCAUCACACAAACACUCGCUGAGAAUCCAAUUUCUACUACCACUCUUUUUUCUGCUCCAACGAUUACUGAAGUAAUCACGUCUUAUAAUACGUAUGUCACUCUAGCAGUUGCUCCGGCUGUCUACGAACUGCCUUGCGGUUGCACAGAAAACACAAAUAUACGGACUACCGUUACCAAAUGUCCUGUUUCCUUAACUUUCAAAGGAAUCGAGUCCCAAACGAUUAGCACGCCUUGUCUCACGGCGACCGGUUUUACAACUUCAUAUCAUGAUGACAGCUGCAACUGCGAAAAGACUGUGUAUGCCACGUACAGUCCUGUUAUCCCACCCGAGUCUGUUUACAGCAUCGAAUGGAAAACAAGAACAGAUAGAUAUGAAGGAAAUAUGUUUUUCCGAACAUUUUUACCUAAAGCCACCACAUUCUCUACGCUCGAUAAUGUGAUUACUGCAACUGAACCUCUAAUUGUUGCAACUCCAUUCAUUUACCCAACGCUUCUUGGUUAUGUGCAAGAAGCACAUGUGACGCAAGUCCCUUAUGCCACGGGCAAUCCUGUGGCUGCAGCACCUACGUCCACCUUUACUACUGUCACGACUGCCGUUCCCAAUGUUGGGAUGGAGUCCUUGUAGGACGGGUUACUUGUACACAAAGUCCAUCUAUACUUGCUAUAUCUUGUGAGUGCCUCUGCCUACGAGUCACUAUUUGCUUGUUCCACGACGCUCGUAACGUUGCAUGUGUUUCAUCGUUUUAGAUUACUAGAGCUCAUUGUAACGUAAACUUGUAGUUCAUUCAUUAAAUUCAUUAGUAUAUACAAAACAGAACACAAACAAUUUUCAUGACCAGCGAGCGAAGACUUGGUAAUGUUCAUGAGCAGAAAUGAAACCGUAUGCUUUUCUCGUCUAUUGGCGAAAAGUUUGGUU